AUGCCCACCCAGCUGGAGAUGGCCAUGGAUACCAUGAUUAGAGUUUUCCAUCGGUACUCUUGCAAAGAAGGGGACAAGUUCAAGCUCAGCAAAGGGGAGCUGAAAAUGCUCCUGCAGCGAGAGCUCACGGAAUUCCUCUCGUGCCAGAAGGAUCCCCAGUUGGUUGACAAGAUCAUGCAGGACCUGGAUGCCAAUAAGGACAAUGAAGUGGAUUUUAAUGAAUUUGUGGUCAUGGUGGCAGCUCUGACUGUUGCUUGUAAUGAUUACUUUGUAGAACAAUUGAAGAAAAAAGGAAAGUAG